AUGAACGCCGUCGUGAUCCACAACCCCGGCGGCCCCGAGGUCCUGGAGCUCGAAAAACGAGACAUCCCCAAACCAGACCGCGGCCAGGUCCUCAUCCGCGUCAAGGCCUUUGGGCUCAACCGCUCCGAGAUGUUCACCCGCCAGGGCCACUCCCCCGCUGUGCAGUUCCCCCGCAUCCUGGGCAUCGAGGCGACAGGGAUUGUCGAGUCCGCGCCGGGCGGAGAGUUCCAACAGGGCGAGAUCGUCAUGACCUGCAUGGGCGGCAUGGGACGCAUGUUCGACGGCGGGUAUGCCGAGUAUACCUGCGUGCCCGCGAACCAGGUGCAGGCGUUGAAGACCCCGACCCGUCUAUCCUGGGAUGUGCUGGGCGCGCUCCCAGAGAUGCUGCAGACGGCGUGGGGUUCGCUGUUCAAGGCGCUCGCCCUCCAAAAAGGUGACAGACUCCUGAUCCGCGGAGGGACGACCUCUGUCGGACUGGCUGCCCUGGUCAUCGCCAAAAACCAUGGGGCAUUGGUCGCGGCGACAAGUCGUCGGCCACAGCGAGAGGCGAUGCUCCGUGAAUACGGGGCAGACCUGUUCUUCGUUGACGACGGCGAGAUUGCGGCACAGAUCGAGCAGAAACAGGUCGAAAAAUUCGACAAGGUGCUCGAGCUGGUCGGGACUGUGACCCUGAAAGACUCCCUGCGCUGCGUCGGAGGCGGCCGCGGUGGCAUCGUCUGCAUGACAGGCAUCGUGGGCAACUCCUGGGUCAUCAACGAGUUCAGUCCGAUGGAAUAUAUCCCGGCCGCGACCCGGCUGACCACAUACACCGGAGGGGUGGCCGAGUUCAUGGCCACGCCAAUGGAGUCGCUGGUGCGGCAGAUCGAGGCCGGUCAGCUCAGGAUCAAGGUGGGCAAGGUCUUUCGGAUGGACCAGAUUGUCGAGGCGCAUCGAUGCAUGGACGAGGGUACGGCCGAGGGGAAGAUAGUCGUCUUGACUGAGUAG